GAACAGUUGAAGAGUAAUGGCUGGAAACGUGGAUCAGAUGGUGACGGUCGGAGAGGAAGAGAGACCCAUCUCUAGGUCAGACAGUGGUAGUGGCGAGGAUUCCUUGGACAGUUUAUUCUCUCGGCUACCAUUAACUCCAUCUCUUUCUCCACGGAAAAGAACAACAAGCCAAAGUAAAUCUGAACCACCACUUCUAAGGACGAGCAAGCGCACCAUCUACACUGCAGGACGACCUCCCUGGUACAAUGAGUCAGGAACUCCAUUUAAAGAAGCAUUUGUUAUUGGUUUGUGUGGAGGUAGUUCUUCAGGCAAAACCACUGUAGCUAACAAGAUCAUUGAAGCCUUAGAUGUUCCUUGGGUGGUGCUGCUUUCUAUGGAUUCCUUCUAUAAGGUCUUAAACAAGGAAGAACAAGAAUUAGCUGCCAGGAGUGAAUAUAACUUUGACCAUCCUGAUGCUUUUGAUUUUGACCUAAUUAUACAUACAUUGAGGAAGCUAAAGAAAGGGAAAAGUGUGAAGGUUCCUGUUUAUGACUUCACUACGCACAGUCGAAGAAAGGAUUGGAAAACUGUAUAUGGAGCAAAUGUUGUGAUCUUUGAAGGAAUACUUGCAUUUGCUAACAAGGAACUUCUUAAGCUAUUGGAUAUGAAAGUUUUUGUGGACACUGACUCUGACAUAAGACUUGUUCGACGGCUAAAAAGAGAUAUAUCCGAGAGGGGUCGUGACAUUGUUGGUGUCAUCAAACAAUACAACAAGUUUGUCAAGCCUGCCUUUGAACAGUACAUAGAACCAACUGUACAGCUGUCAGACAUUGUGGUUCCUCGAGGUGGAGAAAACUUUGUUGCUCUUGACCUGAUUGUCCAGCAUGUCCACAGUCAGCUGGAAAAGCGUGAAAUCACUGUAAGAGCAGCCCUUGCCUCUGCCCACCAAGGCCAACCUCUGCCAGAUAAGCUAAGUGUCCUUGAAAGUACACCACAGGUUAGAGGACUGCACACAAUUAUCAGAAAUAAAGAAACCAGUCGAGAUGAGUUUAUCUUCUAUUCAAAGAGAUUAAUGAGGUUACUAAUUGAACACGCCCUUUCUUUCUUGCCGCUCAAGCCUGUUACAGUGGAAACGCCUCAAGGAGAACUGUAUGAAGGAAAGAGAUUUGGUGGAAAAAGGAUAACAGGAGUCUCUAUCCUUCGUGCUGGUGAAACAAUGGAGCAAGCAUUAACUGCAGUGUGCAAGGACAUCAGACUAGGAAAGAUUCUGAUUCAAACUAACCAUGACACCGGCGAGCCUGAGCUACAUUAUCUUCGAUUACCCAAGGAUAUUAGUGAGGAUUAUGUCAUUCUGAUGGACAGUACAGUGUCAACAGGAGCUGCUGCAAUGAUGGCAGUUCGAGUCCUUCUGGAUCAUGAUGUGCAAGAAGAUAAAAUUUUCCUGCUCUCAUUGCUGAUGGCUGAAAUGGGAGUGCACUCGGUGGCGUAUGCCUUUCCUAAGGUUAACAUUAUCACCACUGCUGUAGACAAGAAAGUAAAUGACGAAUUUCACAUUAUUCCUGGAAUAGGUAACUUUGGAGAUCGAUACUUUGGCACCGAUGCACCAUCUGAUUGGUAUGAGAGUGAUGAGGGCAUGGAAUACUAAGUAUUUUACUGUGUAUCUGAGAGAUCCAAGAUGGCCUGGAAGCAGAAGGAUUGUUUGCUAUACCUGAACAUAUUUUUGAUUGUAUCAAAGAGCAAGCUGAACAUUCCUUUUCUGAAUUCAUACUGUCAAUUAAGAUGUAUUUUGAAUAUUUUCAGUUUUUCAAGUUUGGGCCUGACGUGUUAUAGCAUUUAAGUUAGCCUUUUUAGUUCAGAAUUCACGUUUAGAAUGCCAGCUAUUAGUAAAAUGUAUCCGAUUUCAAAUAAUCUAGUCAUUUGUAAAGUAUAUAAAUGAGAAUUGGAUCUGCUUGAGUUCAGUUUCAGAAGUUAAAAACUUCUCCCAACUAGUACUUCAAGUAGUUUAAACUCAGCAGGAGUGGUAGAAUUUAUGGAGAGAGGAGAGUUAAUGUUUCAAAUCCAAAAUGACAGUCUUUGGAAUGUUUUAAAGCAUAGUGGUAUUGGACUCAAAGUUAAUUUUGUUUCCCUUUCCAUAGAUAUUGCCAGACAUGCUGAGUUUCUCCAACACUUUGUUUUUGUUUCAGAACUCCAGCAUCACAUUACUUUAUUUUACUUCAGCCAUGUUUUCUUGUAAAUUGCAAUGCUAUCAUAUAUAUAAAUAUCACUAUUUAAACAUGUCCCAUAAGUAGUAUGUUGAUCACAUGCAAUGUAUUUGCAAAGAUUGUUCGUUGAAGAUUCCUAGCUGAGACUGAAAUAAAGUUUCACUUUUGCAUAAAUUCAUCUUUAAUUAAAAUUUGUCUUCAGUCACAAAGACUUCACAUAGAAUCUCCUUCAAUAGAGGUUCUAAUAAGUAUUCCUUGAAAAUCCUUCCUAUAUCUCAUGUGACCUUUAACUGUUCUGGGAUCUGUUGUGAAAAUAAUGUAGGAUCAGCUGCACUAUCACAAAAAGAAGCCAAUGGAAACUAAUAGCAUUGUUUUUUUUUGCAUAUUAAUUUAAUUAAUUGCACAUAAGUAACGUCAGUGAUCCUCUGGAAUUGAAAGCUUGGCUUAUUACCUGAUUUCACUUAACUUCACACAUUCACUUUCAUAAGUUUACAAUCUGUCAUUAUGAAUGGUGAUUACUUGUUAAGAUAAUAGUUGAAAAAUAAUCAAGUCCCGCAGCACUUGCAGAUUAACAGAAUAAUGAGAUCCAAAUGCUUAUCUCUGUCCAUGGUUAUAUUAAAUUUUGAAGUUAUGAUCCAAUCUCCAGGAACAAUACAAUACUGUAGUAUUGUAGUGCAGUAUUGUAAAACUGUAGUAAGACAAGGCUUCCCAAAAUGGAGGUCAGGACCAAGAGUGAGGUCACAACCUGAAAUAUUAGAAUCACAAGUCAGCAGAGGCUGGCGUGGGGAUUAGCCCUCCCCUGAAAAAAAAAACAGGUCACAUUCCAAUCCUUUGCUCCCAUAGGCCCCCCACCCCACCAAGUUCAGAGUCGACUCUCAUAAUUCUCACAGAAAGAUUGCAACAAUUUUCAAACCUUGAAAUGAAGUCACAGUGAGGGGUGGGGAGAAAUUGGAAAGCACUGCUGCAAAUAAGGAGCUUGAAUUUUUCCACUUAUACACCACAUUGUUAAAUUGUGAAGGAAAUGCUUACAUUUGAGACUAGCUUUUCACGUUAUAGGGAUGUGCUGAAGUUCUUUACAGUCAAUAAACUACUCUUAUUUUGUACCUAUUUUCUCUGUGUAUUCUUUCAUGGAAUGCGGGCACUGUUGACUAGACCAGCAUUUGUAUCCCAUUUCCAAGAAGUAAUUAGGAGUGAGCUACACUGACUAGACCUAGAGUCAAGGGUCACAUGCAGACCAGACUAGGUCAGGAUAGCAAAUUACAAUCCAUAGAGAUUGUCGAUGGAUGGGCUUUUGUGACAAUCAGCAAUGGUUACAUGGUCACCAUUAGGCUAAUUUUUUAUUGAAUUCAAAUUCCACCAUCUGCCAUGAUGACAUUCAAACCCUUAGAACAUUAUUCUGGAAUUCUAGAUUUUCUGAUAACAUUACCACUAUGUCACUGCUUCUCCCAUGAACACUUAAUAAAUUGUUAAAUUUUGUGGGCAGCACGGUGGCAUAUUUAAGGGGUAAAUGUAGGGGUAUGGGUGGGUUGCGCUUCGGCGGGUCGGUGUGGACUUGUUGGGCCGAAGGGCCUGUUUCCACACUGUAAGUAAUCUAAAAAAAAUCAGACUUAUAAUCAAUAUUAACUUGCUUUUAAUUUGUUAAAAGAAAAUAUGGUUCUGAUGUUCCUUGGAAAUGGCAUGAAUCUAUUGAAACUCAACUGUAUUUGAAUACAAAUGGAACCUGAAGUGUUAUGCAUCAUGAUUUAUUAUUGAUUAACCAGAUAUUCAUGUAAGCUAUGAAUGUUUUAACAAUUAAAAUGUUAAAUAUUGUUAUACAGUUAAAGUAACAUGUAAAUGCAUGUUAAGACCCAAAAGGCAGCAACAGCAGUGUUGACUUUAUUAUUUUGUAUGGCAGAUGGGAGAAGUGAUAUUACAUUUGCUGACUAAAAAUGCAAAACCCCUAAAUGUUCUAUGAUAUCGUUUUUUUUUUAAAUAUGGAAAUGUGCAAAUGUCAGAAGUCAUGUAAUGCACAAUGUAUGUAUAAAUAUUCUG